AAGUGUCGGACAGAAAAGAAAGAAGAUGACGAUGGCUAGGCGGUCUAUGAAGGCAGAAAAUGAUCGCGAAGAAAGCGUCGCGCGAAGCUUCAAUGACGCCGAUCAGGUCAGUUAAGCAUCGGUAGAUUAUUUUACAAGAGAGAGACUAAAGAGUGUUUCCCUCUAUUUUUUAAUACACUAUGUCUUCGAAUCAAUUCGCUAUUGCGUCCCCGCCGACAGAUGCCAUCUCCGCUCUGAAGUUCUCGCCUGAAGCCGACUCGACGCGAUUUGUGGUGUCUUCGUGGGACAAGAAUGUUUAUCUCUACGAUCUUCGUGACGAAAAUGGGGUCUUGGGCGAGGGGAAGCUGUUGCAGAAGUUUGAGCACCGGGCUCCCGUUCUUGACGUUUGUUUCGGGUCGUCCGAGAAUGAGAUCUACACUGCUGGCCUGGAUUGGGAUGUGAGGAAAAUCGAUGUGGCUUCGUCUACACAAACAGUGCUAAGCAGCCACGAAGCCGGCGUGCGGAGCGUCGUCUACAGCAAAGAGCAUUCCCUUGUGAUCUCCGCCUCAUGGGAUUCGACGUUACAUGUCCACCGUCCAGACGCAGGGUCAAACCCGGACUUGACGCCCGCCAUCAUUCCUCUCCCUUCCAAGCCUUUUUCCAUGUCUUUGACGCCGACCAAGCUGGUUGUCGCAAUGGCGUCGCGCGCGCUGCACAUCUACGACCUCAAUGCCUUGGCUCUGCUGACGGCGCAAUCCGACGCUUCUCCCCCGAACAAGGUUGAAAUCGAGCCGUGGCAGCGAAGAGAAAGCAGCCUUAAGUUCAUGACUCGUUGCGUGGCUUGCAUGCCUGACGAUGCGGGCUACGCAUCGUCCAGCAUCGAAGGCCGCGUGGCAGUCGAGUGGUUCGAUCCCUCGGCCGAGUCUCAGGCUCGGAAAUACGCCUUCAAGUGCCACAGACAGACGGUCGACGACAUUGAUGUCGUUUACCCGGUGAACUCACUCGCGUUCCAUCCUAUCCACGGGACAUUUGCCUCUGGCGGAGGCGACGGCGUAGUUGCGCUAUGGGACGGUGUUGCGAAGCGGCGAAUCCGACAGUAUCAAAAGUACCCAUCGAGUGUCGCUGCGGUGUCUUUUAGCAGCAAUGGAAAGUAUCUGGCGAUCGCAAUUAGCCCUGGAUUCGAGGACGGCAAGGAGGAUAUCUCAGAGGGUACUGUGAAAAUCUACGUCCGUGAGCUUGGAGAAACAGAAGCCAAAGGGAAAGGCGCAAAAUAAGGUUUAGAUCAUAUGAAUAUUUCAUUAUUUAAUUCUUGCCUUAUUAAAUGCUGUCCCUCGAGUAUAUCAAACAAAAUACUUUAUAACGCCAGAAAAAGUUGAAAAAUCUUCAACCUUUACAUGU